CAGUGAUGCCAAAUAGCUUGCCUGUUUUACUGUCUAGUGGAGUUGAGAAGCAAUGCACCUUCUGAAUCAUUUUCUUGAACAAUCUGAUCUUAAAUGCUAUUGUGCAUGUGAAAUUCAUCUAUCUUCCUAGUUUGGCAUGAUACUCCCUAGUUCUAGCUAGUUCAAAAGUUCAAUCAUCUCGGUUAUUAGAGAAGAUAAUUGGCCUACUUGAGUUUCAUUCCUAUCUGUUGGGCGGAGGCUCGUGAAGGGCCAAGUCCAGCACCAGGUGGCUAGGGGAUUGUUGGCAGAAGGCCUGAAGGGCCAAGUCUAACAUCUUGCCCUCUCGAAAAUAUGACAGUAUAUAAGGAAACAAAGUUGCGCCGAGCUUUUAACUUUUGGCGUAGUGAUGCCGCUAUAAAGUCCCUCAAAGAUAGCUGGGAGAAUGUGCCUUCCAAUUGGGAUGGGUCUGAUCCUUGUGGUGAUCAUUGGGAUGGAAUUGGUUGCCAUGGUUCAAAUGUGGUUUCAUUAACUUUAUCAAGCAUGAAUCUGAAUGGUCAACUAUCUAGAGACAUUGGAGGGCUAUCUGAGUUGCAGAAUCUGGAUCUAUCAUACAACAAAGGUUUGACAGGAUCUCUGCCUCGAGAAAUUGGAAACCUAACGAAGUUGUCUAAUCUAAACCUUGUUGGUUGUGGGUUUUCUGGACAAAUUCCCGACACAAUAGGAUCUUUGAGCAAGCUUAAAUUUCUAUCACUGAAUGUAAACAAGUUCUUUGGGCCAAUACCGCCUUCCUUGGGUAAAUUGUCGGAACUCUAUUGGCUGGAUUUGGCUGACAAUAUGCUUACUGGAAGUAUUCCCGUCUCUGAUGGGAGCACGCCUGGUCUUGAUAUGCUUGUUGAAGCACAACACUUUCAUUUUGGAAGGAACAACUUCUCGGGUGAGAUUCCGUCUCAGCUUUUCAGCUCAAAUAUGAAAUUGAAGCAUUUGUUGCUUGAGCAAAAUCAGUUUACAGGAAGCAUCCCUGAAACAUUAGAACUUGUUCGUUCUUUAACUUUUGUCAAUCUUGACGGGAAUUUGUUGAGUGGAUCUGUCCCUUCAAACCUGAACAAUCUCUCGUCCAUUAAUGAACUGCAUUUAUCAAACAAUAAUUUGAAUGGCCCCUUCCCCAACCUGACUGGCUUGAAUGGCAUCCACUAUGUAGAUUUGAGCAAUAACACAUUCAACCCAACAGAUUUCCCGUCAUGGUUCUCAACUCUGCAGAAUCUUACGACAUUAGUAUUGGAUGGUACGGGACUACAAGGACCUAUUCCUGCAUCACUUUUCGGUCUUUAUCAGUUGCAGAAUGUCAUCAUGAGGAAUAACAAACUUAAUGGCACACUGAGUAUUGGCCCCAACUACAGCAGCCAAUUGCGACUAGUCGAUCUGCAGAAUAAUUUUAUAGAGUCAUUUCCACAGGGACCGGCCUAUCAAUUCCAGACUAGCCUUGUAAGCAAUCCAAUUUGUUUCGAAGGAAACAGUGCAAGUUAUUGUGCCAUUCCCCGAGAGUAUAAUUCCUCGUAUUCAACUCCGCCAACAAAUUGCUCACCCUCUCCGUGCAGCUCUGAUCAAACAUCCAGCCCGACUUGUGCAUGUGCUUAUCCAUAUACUGGAUAUAUAUUGUUCAGAACCCCUUCCUUCUCCGACUUGGCAAACUCGAGUGAAUUUGUUGCCCUUCAAGACUCUAUGAUGCAGUCAUUCAAAUCUCUACAGCUCCCCGUGGAUUCAGUUUCCCUGAGCAAUCCAACGAAAAAUUUGGAUUAUUAUCUUGUAUUGUACGUGCAAGUUUUUCCAAACGGCCAAAAUCAUUUCAACCAGACUGGAGUUUCUGCAUUAGGAUUCCUGCUUAGCUAUCAGAAUUUCAAGCCACCUGAAUCAUUUGGACCCUUCAUCUUUAUUGCUGAUAACUAUAAAUUCCUUAAUGGAUUGAGCAAGUCAUUGAGUACCGGGAUUAUAAUUGGAGCAGCGGUUGGUGGUUCAGUCCUUGUGAUAUUAUCACUUAUAAUCGGGGUUUACGCUUUCUACCAAAAGAGAAGAGCUCAAGAAGCUGUUAAAAAGAUUGAUCCUUUUGCAUCGUGGGAUCGAUCCAAAAGCAGUGGCACCGUCCCCCAACUACAGGGAACAAAGUGCUUCACAUUUGAAGAGGUUGUAAAAUGCACAAAUAAUUUUUCAGAAGCUAUUGGAGUUGGAGGCUUUGGGAAUGUAUAUAAAGGAACUCUUUCUAAUGGACAAAUGGUUGCCAUCAAAAGAUCUCUGCAGGGAUCUAUGCAAGGCCCUCCCGAGUUCAAAUCUGAGAUUGAGCUUCUCUCGAGAGUUCAUCACAAGAACGUCGUUGGCCUUGUCGGGUUUUGUUUUGAUCAAAACGAGCACGUACUCAUCUAUGAAUUCAUGCCAAAUGGCACAUUGAGAGAAAGUCUGUCAGGGAAGUCUGGAAUCAAGUUAGAUUGGAUGAGGAGGCUUACGAUAGCUCUCGGAGCAGCCAAAGGGCUGCAGUAUCUGCAUGACCUUGUAAACCCGCCCAUCAUUCACCGCGACAUCAAAACAAAUAAUAUUCUACUGGAUGAGAACCUGAAUGCUAAAGUUGCAGAUUUCGGUCUCUCCAAGUCACUGAACGAACACGAGAGUACUCAUGUUACCACUCAAAUUAAAGGAACUAUGGGGUACUUGGAUCCGGAAUAUUACCUGACGAAUCAAUUGACAGAUAAGAGUGAUGUUUAUAGCUUCGGGGUGGUGCUGCUGGAGAUUAUAACGGCAAGAUGUCCUAUUGAGAAAGGAAAGUACAUUGUUCGGGAAGUGAAGGAAGCGAUGGAUAAGACUAAAGACAUGUACAGCCUUCAUGGUUUUCUCGAUUCAUCCAUUCACUCGAGCACGACACCUCCAAGUAUAGAGAAGUUCGUCGAUGUAGCUUUGAGGUGUGUUGAAGGCACGGCGCUAAAAAGGCCAACAAUGGGGGAGGUGGUGAAAGAGAUAGAGAGCAUCAUCGAAAUGGUGGGGCUAAACCACAAUGCUGAAUCUGCUUCAACUUCAGACACCUAUUCAGGAGUGAGCAAAAGCUCUGGACAUCUUUACAGUGAUGAAAGUCUGUUUGUCUACACUAGGGUGCAACCCAAGUAAUAUAAAAUUAGUUUGAGUGUUUGAAGUUUUUGUUUUAAAGUUGCUACGAUCCAGCAUUAUAGUUAGUAGCGAAUGCGUAACUUUAUUUUCUUAUAAACCGCCAUCACAUUUUUUAGACAGAGAGUGCUAGACUUGGCUCUUCACUAGUCUCAACCCAACAAUCUUCCUAGAUUGCUGGAUUUGGCCUUUUAUCGUCCUCCGCCCAACUAAAGUGUUAGAUUAGAGAGGUAGAAAGAGAGCCUGGAAAUUGUUGACUCUGUUGGCAUAUAGGUUAAUUCUUGCUGAAUGGUGAUUGAACCAAGUGUAUAGCAUAUUAUAUUCAGUGCAAUAUAACAGCUAGUUGAAACUGCAAAUUAUGGUUAUUAAGUUGCGUGGA